ACUGCCACUGGCAACACCUGACCAGCCCCUGCUUGUCAUUUCGCUGAAGAGAGUGCUCGGUGCCGUGUCCAAGUGGAAAUAGAUAAUAUCAGAAAAAAGUUAACCUCGAGUGCAAGGAUACCUGAGCGAGGCAGAUCUUCGAAGCUCUUAUGCGGAAGGUGUUUUUCAUCAACUCACCGACAAAAUGUUUGGGGUCGCGCUCUGCCUCCUGGACGUAAUCGGCCUCAAUCCGAUACCGUAUAUAGCAGGUAUAAUAGGCGCUACGGUACCGGCAGUGAACCUCCUGAUAUCCAUACUCCUAGGAUACCCGCUGGCCAUCAUAUAUCACAAAUAUGUCAGGAAAACCGUCGAACUCAGGAACUUGUACUUCAUCGUAACAGGAAUGGACUUGGCGUACUUUAACUUUGGCACGUCGAUGUACCACAAUGCCAUCCCGGCCAUCGUCAUCUACUUGUCUACUGCAUGUCUGGGUCCCGGCAAGAUGAACGUGAUCUUCACGUUCGCAUUCAAUAUGAUUUACUUGCUGGCGGGCUACGUGAUGACCGAAUCUGAGGAUUACGACAUUACCUGGACCAUGCCUCACUGCGUUCUCACCCUCAAGCUGAUCGCCCUCUCCUUCGACAUCUGGGACGGCGACAAGUUCCUUAAAGGCGAGGAGCUGUCCAAAAACAACCUGCAAACCGCGCUCCCAACACAACCUACGUUUUUAGAACUGAUUGGGUUCGUUUACUUCCCUGCGUGCUUCCUCGUCGGACCCAUCUUCUCAUUCAGGAGAUACAAGGACUACAUCACUGAUGUAUUCCCCCUGGACACUGCGCCGGAAGUCUAUGAGGAGCUCGCCUUGAAGCGGCUUUUCCAGGGAGUCUGCUACCUAGCCGCCUACCAGAUUGGAGUUUCUGUGUUCAGCAUGAAAAGUAUGCUAUCGGACGAAUUCCGGGACACUUCAAUAUUCUACCGUCACUUUUAUUGUGGUCUUUGGGCACAUUUCGCUCUAUAUAAAUACAUUUCCUGUUGGCUGCUCACAGAAGCCGCAUGCAUCAGAUUCGGACUGUCGUUCAACGGGUUCGUGGGCCCGGUGCAGACCCUGACGAAGUGGGACGGCUGCAACAACAUCAAGCUGAUGAGGUUCGAGAGCGCCACUCGCUUCCAGCACUACAUCGACAGCUUCAACUGCAAUACGAACCACUUCGCCUCAGAGUACGUGUACAAGCGUCUCCGCUUCCUCGGCAACAGGAACCUCAGCCAGCUCAUCACCCUCGCGUUCCUCGCGCUGUGGCACGGCACCCAGUCCGGCUACUACAUGACCUUCCUGAACGAAUUCCUCAUCAUGGUCAUGGAGAAGGACAUUGAAGCGUUACUCACCAAGACGGCGUUCUAUGACAAGAUGUGGAGCACCCCCUACGUUAAGUACCCGCUGUAUGUGAUACUCAAGACCUACACUAUAGUGUUCAUGGGCUGGAGCUUAGCGCCGUUUGACGUUAAGAGCUUUGGCAAAUGGUGGUCCAUCUACUCGAGUUUAUACUUUUCAGGAUUCAUAUUGUUCUUGCCAUGGUCAUUUGUUUACAAGCCAAUGAUUCUAAAACUGUUAGAACGGAAUGCCGCCAGCCAUAGCAAAGCCUCGUAGGUAAAUGAUUAAUUAUACGUUUGAUUAUAGCAUUGGCGCAUUCUAUAGAUUACUUAGCAUAAUGUAGAUAAUAAUGUUUAGUAGUUGCAUGUUGUACAAAUGUCGCAUUCAUAUGGUUGAUGAGAUGACUGCGACAUUUAUUCAUGAAUAAUAAUUUAAUUUACAAAGAAACGCCUAAGUACAAGUUGAGCUGUAGCACUCUCUCGCAGGUAAGUUAAGGCGACUAAAUAAUUCCUAAUAUUUAUGUUUGAAGCGUGGCAAGGUGGCGAGCUGGCCAGCCGGUGCCCGUAUGUCCGUUCUCUUAGACUGGCUGGACCUGUCACCGCUCCAAAGCAUGCAUGUUUUUGUUUUCGUCAUUUUUGUGUUCUGAACUUUAAAUCAUGGAUGUACCUAUUUAUACUAUUAGUUUUGAACGAUUUAAUUAAAAUAGAACGGCAUAAUUCGGAUCCUAUUACUAUUCCAAGGAAAGUCCAGUCUUUUACUGCGUUUUCACAAUUGAGGCUUUAGUCGUGGGUGUACGUAACUUGAGACAUAUUCCGCGCCAAAAUCGUUAGCACCGAUGGUUUCCGUCCCGCGUCAACCGCAGGCGGUAGUGCGGUCCGGAAUUCAUCCUUCAGACUAAAACGUGAUUGAUAAUUGAUAGGUGCCUCAACAUUAAGAGCUCGAUAUGUUCCCAACGGCUGAGGUAACUGCAGGCGUCGACAUUUUAACUUCGAAGAUCAGCGGCGGCCGUUGUCUGCUCUCUUAGUAUAGGAGUCAGUUGUAAUAUGAUUUUAUUAUAAUAUAAUUUAGAUACAACUUCUUUUUUACUAUAAUCUUUCAAUUUAAAUUUCAAAUACAAUUUUUUUUUCUUUACUGCUAUUCACUAUCAAUUUCGUCAACGAACUCAUUUUACAAAUUUUUGCGAACUCUUGAACUAUCUGCAGUCAAUUGACAAGAUGGUGGACGAGACACUGCAGCCGCAAGUGUCGCUAUAGGCCGACGGUAGUUACCUCUGCCGUUGAGAACAUGCCGCUCGUGUGUAAGAGCCCUAACUUUUAAUGGUUUUAGUCUUAGAGCUACAGUUGGUGUGCACCGGACUUUAUUGAUUAGAUUAAUUAACAGCGACUACUUACCCAAUACCUUCUCGACACAGACCGGCCUAAAGCCUGGAAACCUAAAGCACACUCCCAGCAAAGAUAGCAAUAAGUGAUCUACAUAUUAUGAAUAAGUACCUUCUACAAUUACAUUAUAUGGCUUUCUGCUUACUUAGACUUUGAGCUAAGUUUCCAGGCAGACUUCCCACUUUCAUUUUCAUGUUUAAGGCUAGGCCUUAUACUUUCGCUCGUUAGGUUAAGUUUAUUAAUAUGGACCAUGGGUAUUCAACGAUCCGUGUAUUGGGAAGCGCGCAAAUAUCGACCAUUUGUUAAAAUUAACCAUUAACUGCUGACUGAUGCAAGAUAAUAAUUUGUGUAUUGUGCAUAAGUGAACUUUGCUAUAAGCUUUUAAAUAAUAUGAACUUUAAGGUUUUGCACUAAUACCCAUACACAGUUGACUAAACAUGUUUGACUAUCACUAAUAAUCUUUCUGCGCAUCUAAACCUUUUUCACCAUUUCUUCUAUACAUUUCAAUACUGAUAGGCUCCAUAUUCAUGGUAGACUUUUUUUAUAAACUACUUACUACUAAGUACUUUGACAAGUAUUGCAGACUUAUUUAAAAGACUUUCAUCUUUAACUCCUCUUUAAAAUCACUAUAUAUUUCUGACAUCCCGUUAAGCUAGCUAGCAAGUAAGUUUCGUGAGUUUAACAAAAAUUGCUGGUUGCACCAGAUUGGCAUAAAAAAAGUAAGUUUCAUCUAAUAUUGGCCAGACUUCUAUUCAAAUAACUCGUGCUCUUAACUGUUGGUGUAGAUUAGGUUAGAUACUAGUCUGAUAAUGUUAUAACUUGCAUAUAAGGUCCAGACUGAUUAGACUCCACAAAAGCGUAAACAAGCUAUUUAUUGAAAAAAAAAAAAAAAAAACAUUACAAUGUCAUAAAGCUGAACGUUCUUACAUCGUACCGAAAAAACAUCUAUUCUUGUCUCCGAUUUCGUGGAAUCUGGCCUUAAUUCUCUUGUAUUUUAUGAAAUCAAACGAACUUCCACGUAAGUGACGUUCGAUUGACUGUUGAACUUCAGUGGUUUGCCCCAAGAGAUGCGCGGUGUACACUCCCUCUCUGUCCCUGAUCAAAAUACUUCUACAUCCUACCCAAAUGUUCACGAAAUAGUGGAUAACGAUGACCAAAGGGGCAAACUUGUAAGAGAUACCCACAGAGCGGAUAAAUCAAUUUUUAAAUUUUUGCUCUAAAGAUGUAAUCUCGAAGGGUGAAUCACUGAAGUUUUAUAGCGGAAAAGGGCUGUAAUAGUUGUAGCCUUAUUUUUACGAUUGUUGCUUAGUUAGUAGUUAUUUAUAUAUAUUAUAACCAAACACAACACCAAUUUCGCCUCAGAACUUAUAAUUAUCAAUAGGAGUCCACAGCUAGUCUAUAUACAGGGUGAUUUGUAAUCAUUGCAUAAUCUGGUGGAGGGGUAAUAAUAAAAAUUAUUUGCAAUACUUUUGAAUAUUGUAAUUAUGGAUCACUCGAUAUAAUAUGUAUAUAUUUACUCUAUGUUCAAUUAAUAUGGUCCAGUCUUUGUAAUGUUACUGUACUAGUUUGACUGAUGCCAGCAAUGACCUAAGUACAUAUAAAAAUACGCAGUUAAUAAUGAAAGCAAAUAUGGUAAUAUUGUUUAAGUACGUGAAUUUGAAAACUUAUUUUGUUAAAAAUUCUAAAAGAGCUGCAAUGUCUUAGCUAUUUAAUAUGAAAUAAUAAUUUAUCACUUAUAUUGUUUUUUUCUUUGUUGUCAUUUAUAUAUUUUUAUUUUUGUUGAAUUUAAGAAAUAAAUGUUAUUUAAUUAAUUAUUUGCAAAUUUUCUAAAAUAAAUAAAGAAAUGUAUUUUUCAAAAACACUGUAAAGCUGUAAAAAAGUUAGAAAUUUUUGUCACCAGAAUAUUUUCUUAUUAUAAUUUAAAAGAUUUGAUGUUCAGCGUUUUUGUAGGUGAUUGAUGUCAGGCUUGGUUUCAGUCCAACUUGUUAAGGACGAAAAGAUGAAAAUAUAGUUAUGAAAAACUUGAAACUCAAUUAUCCAUUAGUUUAUUGAUAUAAGCAAAUGUUAAUUUUCUAAUUUAAUCUCAUUGUUAAUUCAUUAUUUCGAAUGCUGAAUCAAUAAACCUUUAUAAGUAUGUAAUAAUAAAAACCUUUGUAAAAUAUGAACAAUAAACUGAUUAUUUAACUGCAA